AUGCAAUUAUUUACGAAAGAAUUUAUAACAAUAUCAAUAACUUUUAUUCUUUCCCAUUUAUUUAUAGUGUCUCUCUACAUUCUUUGUUACAUUGCUAUUGUGAAACCAGAAUCUCAAACGAUCACUAAAUAUAAUAUUACUCGUGCUGUCUUCAAUCAACUUAAUCGUGAACAUUCUGAUACUCUUUCAUGUUCAUGUUCAAAAGUGGAAGUGCCUUUUAAAGCUUUUGUCUCUAAUAAAACCAUAUUUCAUCCUGUUUGUAAAAGUAUUUUUGUCGAUCAACAAUGGAUUGAAACAUUGUAUUUCAAAGAUGCAAAUACAUACGGAACAGGAGACUUUCGAACAACAGCUUAUUCUCAAGUGAGUGCAUUUCUUACUAUUUUACUCUACACUUCAUUGAGCACUAAAAUUACUACAACACGUGUAGCUCAUCCAUCAAUAACCACUUAUAAAGAUUUACAAAAUAAACAUUCACAAACACUAAGAUGUCCAUGUUCUAAUAUGAUAAUACCUCAUGGAACAUUCAUUACAUUGUCUCCAGUCGUACAUCAAGUAUGUUCAAGUGAUUUUGUUACUAAUAAAUGGCUUUUAAUAAUGCAAAAUAGCAAGAUUAAGGCUAAUUCUGCAGAUUGGCGCAAUAAAGCUUUCUCAACAUUUUCUUUAUUAUCUAAUCUUUGUCAGCUAGCUAAUAAAACAAUCAAUGACGCUAUACAUCAUUUUCUCUUGCAACCUUUCAUUGCUUCGAAUGCACUAAAUCAAUCUGAUUUUGACGUGCAACUAAGUGCAAUUCUCGAUCAAUUUUUUCAAUCGACAAUUUUAUACUUUGGUCUUCUUGUCGAAACAGAACAAAUUCUCACUCAAGUCGAUCAGCCUUAUUUUGGCGUAGACGGUGAUGGUGAGGAAUUACAUGAAGACGAAAAUCCUAUUUGGAUAUUCGCAACAAAUGAAACGAAUAACAGAACGACCAUAAAGUUAGUAUUUAAUUUGACUGGACCACGUACUACGAAAUCGACAUACUUUAACUGCAUCUGUGCCUUUAAUAUUUCUUGUCAAGUUCCAGCACGUAUUUAUGAGGUUGAUCAUGGGUGGUUGUACCCUCCAAUUCUUAAGGAACUUUAUAAAGUACCAGGUUCGGUUGUAUCUUGUUCAGCUACUAAUUCCCUAAUGCUUUCGACACUUGAAUGCUAUUAUGAGCACUCAGAUUGUUUACCCAUUCUAAUGGAUUUCACUAAAAAGCAGUAUUUCUAUAAUGUUAAAAAUCCAGUAUGGUUUGUUGCUCGUCCUCUUGUUUAUAAUACAACAUCAAGUCGUUUUCCUCCAAAUAUAUCAAUUUCUAAAAUAAUCAAAAAUAUGACAAUCGAACGAUGGAAUCCAUCUUAUCCGUAUGAUCAAUUUUACAAAUCAUGUGCACCAAGUUUCUGUACUUAUUCCGAGCGAGUUCACAUAAAAACUAUUGCUGAAUUACGAGAUUUUGGUAGUGAUGUUGAUCAGUUAACUGCUAAACGUCUUGGUCAAUGGGCUACUCGUUUAUAUAUAGUUUUAUUCUUGGUUACUCUUAUUAGUAUUAUGUUCUAUAAUAUUGGUCAGGAGACAUAUACAAAAAUGUUUGAUCAACCAUCUUCGAAUUUAACCAAGCAGCUAUAUGAACAAUAUGGAGACAAAUUAAAAUGUCCAUGUUCAUCAAUCGCAUCAACAUACGAACGAUUUGUAAAAAUCGAACCAGUAUUUCAUGAGAUCUGUUCAAGUCCAUUUGCUUCAGAAGAAGGACGACUCAGUCUUACAGCUAAUCUUAUUUCUAAACUUUCCAUGGGUUCAGAAAAGCGUCCUCUUUCCAACUAUACACUGAAGGAUUAUCGUCGUUUUCUUUCUGCUCAUUUACAAUUUCUUCAAGGAUUAUGUCAACUUUCUAAACAAGCAGCAAACAUUUCUAUUCAAGGAUUUCUCUCUUCACUGUUUUCGAUGAUCGAAGUUUUAUCAGAGGAAAAUUUUGGUAUACAACUCAAUUCGAUAAUCCAACAUAAAGAAUUGAAUUCUUCAACAAUACUCACUGAUCUUCUCUCCUUAAUGCAAAGUAUCUAUCAUGGAAAUGCUAUUAUAUCACUAUAUGGAACAAACUUUGAGUAUAUAGCUCCUUGGGACGAUAUAAAUGGAGCUUAUUUACCUAUUCAAGCUUUGAUCUAUGAUGAUGAGUGUUCUUGUGGAUUACAUAUGAAUUGUACAACUCAAGCACAUUUUAUUGAAUCAGAUCCUUCAACGAACAUUUCGAUCCAAGGUCUAAAAAUAGGUUGUACACCCAGUGAAUCAUUUCGUGCUUCAACGCUUGAGUGCUUCUAUAAUCAAUCAUGUAUAGAUCUCAUUCAACAAUUUGCUAAUAAACCAAGUCGAUUCAAUUUAACAAAUCCUCUUAAGUCUCUCGCAACAAAUAAUAGUCGAUUUCCAAUAAAUACUACAAUAGAUAAACUUAUCAAUAGUCUUUUCAUUGAAGAAUUGAAAACAACAAUUAGUUAUUCAUCCUAUUUUGAGCAAUGUUUUCCCUUGUCAUGUUCAUAUACUAAUAUUCAACAAACUACCUUUCUCUCUAUAAUAACUCAUCUAUUUGGUCUUCAAGGUGGUUUAGCAAUUAUACUUGGCUGGAUCUGCCCAAAAAUAGUCCGAAUUGUAUUUAAAGUAUAUCGAUAUCGAAAAAGACAUAUAAACACUAUUCAACCUACUGGUUUAGCUGAUACUGGAACAAUAGAAAAUAUUAAUACAAAUACUCAAACUUCUCCUUCAAAUUCAGAAUUAACAACAACGAAUACAACACCUUCAGCAAAUGUCGUUCGAUCAACUCGAUAUUAUCUCAAGAUCAUCUUAAUAUGUAUACUUAUAUUAUGCAUAAUAACAUCUCUCAUUAUAUUUUCUAUUGUUAUUGCUCAACAAAGCAAGAAUCAAGAAUCAACUUGUCAGUUAAAAAUUCAAUCAAUAACAAUCGAAAGACAAUGGCAUCUUGAGUAUAUAGAAGGACAUGCUAUUGGUGAUUUUAACGGUGAUAAUCGACUCGAUAUUGCUUUUGUGGAUAAUCAAAAUUGGAGUAUGAAUGUUUUAGUUGGGAAUGGCAAUGGGACUUUUGGAGCUAGGAUCGUAUCUCUACAAAAGCAAGUUGAGGGCUUAAAAAAACUCUCUGUUGGCGAUUUCAAUAAUGAUCAUAUACUUGAUCUUGCUGUUACCAAUCCUAACAACUACUAUAUAGUUAUUUUUCUUGGAAACGGCGACGCAACUUUUGAAAUAAAAGAAAAAUUCAACGCAGGAGCGUACUUUAUCCCAGAAUCAAUCAGUAUAGGGAACCUCAAUAAUGACAAUUACUCAGAUAUUGCUGUCACCUUUCAUGAGAGGAACCAGUUUAAUUUAUUCGUUGGUAAGGGCGAUGGAUCUUUUACCAUAUGGUUGCCGGGUAGAACUGGCGUAAAUAGUUAUCCAUUAAGCAUCGUUGUAGCUGAUUUUAAUUGUGAUAAUCAUCAAGAUAUUGCUGUCGUCAAUAGGGAUGCUAAAAAUAUUGGUAUAUUCAUUGGAGAUGGUAGUAAUAAGUUUGAACCACAAAAGACAUCCUUUACUGGGGGUGGUGAGCAAUAUCCAUUUGAUCUUGCUGUCGGUGAUUUUAAUAGUGAUAAUAUACUAGAUAUUGCUGUCUCCUAUUUAAAUACAAACUAUAUUAAUGUGAUGUUUGGAUAUGGGAACGGCAGCGUAGGUGAUGCCAAGAUGUUUAUCAUAGGAACUUAUACAGAACCCAAUCAAAUUAUUGUGUCUGAUUUCAAUAACGAUCAAUAUCUAGAUAUUGGUUUUGGUAACUCAGGGCGAUCAUUAAAUGUAUUAUUUGGAUUUGGGAACGGAGAUUUCGAAUUACAAACGGUAUUCCCAACAAGAUUCGAGAGUAGAUCUUAUUGGAUUGGUGUUGGUGAUUUUAAUGGCGAUGGCCGUGAAGAUAUAAUCCGCGCAAAUGGUAAUGAUCCAUCGUAUGAUGUUUUCUUAAUAACAUGUGAACAAAAACUCAACUGA